AUGGGGCUGAGAUUCAAAUGGGGCAAUUCGAACCUUUCGAAGAUUGACGAGAGCAAAGGAACAUACAGAUAUGAGACGAACUCUGGAAAGACUCACGAAGUAAAUUGGAUGGAGAGAAAUGAGAGGCAUUUGACAAGAACUUGGAACUGCAAAAACCCGAAGAAUGUGCCGAAACCGGCGCCACCACAUGCCAGUUUCUAUCAAAAGGUUUAUCCCGAAGGAGAUACUCCUGGAGAAGAGAGACUGUACAACUCCUGGGAGUCUACUCCCCACUUGCCAGGUGACCUAGUGGAGACUUAUCAUCAUGAGCAUCCGUCUUCCGGAGGUCAAGAAAGAGAGUAUUUUUCAAAGCGGCCAAGAAAGGUUGAGCUGAACAAAGAAUUGCAAUUUUUCAAGACCGCUUUCCACCAACAACAACUCCGCGACCAUGCCAGGCUGCAAGAGAAGGUGUCCGAAUUGAAACAGCAAAUGGAGGAUAGACUGCAAGAGAGCAUUAAACUGCACAGUUCGCGCCAGAAAGAGGAGAUGUCAGAAACGAUUCAGAAACUGCAGCAUCAGAUUUCAGUUUUAAAUAAAAUCUUGGAAGAAAGACAAGCAACGCGACUCAAGAUGGACCUGACAUCUGAUGACGCACCUGGUGCUCCUAAAAAGAGACGACAGCGGCCACUCUCGAUUGAUUCAAACGACAUUUCAACGAUUCACAAUGGCGAUGGCCCUGUUCCAUCGCUUUUAGCAGCUCGAUUGAAGAAUUCUGAAAAGUCAGUGCUAAGAGGACUUGGAUCUACUUGGUGUGUUGCACCAAGAUUCAUUUGGAAACACGUUGGCGUGCCUGGUGAGCCCGAAAUUCUAGUGCGGCGAAAGUGUAUCACGCUGAUUCUCAGUUGUGUUCUAGUUUUGGGUUCAAAUGCGAUUUAUAAGCCAAAAAAUUCUAUACCCAAUGAAUCCGGCACAGUUUUACUAGUUGGCUUGACGAUAACUGCACUAGUAAUUGGCCUUUCAAACAACAUUUUUGACGAUUCGGUCGAGCCGAUAAGCUUUCAAAUCCAAGAACCUCCAAAUUGA